UCUCUGAAGGGGAAACUGGAGAUACUAUACGAGACGGGAAGCGACGUGCCGGAUACGAACAUUGCUUGGUUGCGCGCUGUGUAGUAAUAUACCGGAAUCGGAUGCAUCUGCUGUGCUGCGGAAGAUGCUCGAAUUCAACAGGGAUGCCGGUAUAGAGAUGUGGGACGUCGCCAAGUACAACUCGGAGCAUAAAAGAGACUUGAGGUGGCUCUUGAAUGCAGUCAACAACCCCAAUGCAUCACCGAGCGGCGCGUCAGCACUGAAACGUUCCAGAGCGUCAAAGCAUGAGCGACAAAUCGUCGUUGUCACGUCCUUCGCGCCAUAUUUAUCUUGUUCUUUAGACCCUUGGCACGUAGAUGCGCCUUGGGCAUCAGCGUACGGGACCGAUCUGCUACACAACCCUCAUUUUCGCAGUGUGAAGAUGUGGAUGUCGGGUAUGACAGGCCGAACAUGUGAGUUCAAGCGAGGCGACAUAGUGGUUGUGAGCAACCAGCGGGGCCGAGAGAGCGAGUAUGCAACUGGUCUUCUGAAAAAAGGCAUGUCCGAUGAGCAGAAGACCGGCCUAUUCGACGGCAUGCGGGGGGUCAAGAUUUAAAAACUCUUCAAGUUAUCUAGCCAACAGCAGGAUUCACGUCAACAUUGACCAAGCCGCUAACAACAACUCGUUGUGCACCCAAGCCUGAAUGCGAGGUACGACGCGAAAAUGCGAGCCCCACAUAUGUAUGCUGACCAAUCCGACACCGCGCCCUUUGACAUGCACCA